AUGUUUAGCAACUUCUUCAAAUGGAUAUCUGGAGAUCCAGCAGCUAACACGACCGAUAAUGCCAAUCCUCCAGCAGUAGAUCAACAACAACAACAACAGCAACAACAACAACAAACACAAAAUAUAGCUGUCUCUUCUUCUUCUUCUUCUUCUACUACUAAACAACAUGAACAUCAUCCAGUAGGGAAUAGUGUUGAAACUCUAAACUUUAAUCAUAACAAACAUCCUAGAAAUCAUAAUUUGUUUGAUGAUAGUGACAAUCAUUUGACAUUGGGUAUCCCCAACGUUGAAAAGGAGUUGGUUUCAUCAAAACCUGGUGACGAUGAAAGUAAUAGUAGUGAUGACAACAAGUCUCCUAGAAGUGAAAAGAAGGGUUUGUUUGAUCUUAGCGAUGGCAGUGACGGUGAAAACAACUUUGUCUCUUUUGGUAAACGAUUCAACAAACAUAAAAUUACUAAAAGAUUAAUUUCCCUUCCCUCCACAGAUGAUGAGUUUGUCAAAUCUGAACCUGUUACUACUACUACUACUACAGAGACUGUUGUACCAGUAGAAGCCAAACCAGACUUGUUUGCAGAUAAUAGUAGUUUAUUUGAUCUCCCUGAUCCAUCAUCAAAAGCAUCUUCAGUGGUGGCAUUAGAUGAAUCAUCAUCGAGCAAUGACGAUCCACUAAGAGUGUCGUCACCUUUAAGCAAACCUUCAACAGGAGUGACACGUUCAACAACUGCUAUUGGUAGAAAUAGAUCGAGAACAACUAAACCUCAACCAGUGCAACCACAAGUUUCAUUGUUUGAAGAGAGCAAGGUUGAUGACGACUUGUUUGCACCACCUCAACUCCCAUCUCGUGAAUCUUCACAAACCAAUGUAUUAGAGUCAUUUGAUGCCAAAUCAUUCUUGUCAUCUACUGAGCCAACUGUAGUUGUUGUUGUUCAAGAAAAGACAACUACAACUGCUGCUAAACCAGCCAAACAAGAAAAGACAACAACAACAACAACAAAGAAAGAGUAUGAUUCAAUAUUUGCUGAUGACAAUGCUGCCAUUGGUUUGGAAAGAGGUGGAGCAGUUAAGAAACCACUAGCUCCCAAACAACAAGAAGUAGCUCAAGUAUCUACUACAACUACUACUGCCCCUGCACUAAGUAUUGCUACAGUUGCUACUACAACUACAACUACACCACCAGCAUCAUCAGUAUCACCAUUGACUGCAUCGACAGAGGGGGUUGGAUUCAAGAUUGGUCAAAAACCAGUGUCACCAGCCAAACCAAUCCAACAAGAAAAAGAAAUUACAGUUGAAGACAAGAAAAAGAAAGAGAUGGAUUCAUUGUUUACCGAUGAUAUUACAAUUGGUUUGGAACGUAGUGUUGAAGCCAAGAAACCAGCACAAAAGCAACAACAACAAGAUGUGGCCACUGACUUUUUAUUUGGCACCAAACCAUCGAGUCAACAACCAACCAAUCCAGCCGUUGCUCCACUCGCUGCUCAACAAAAGAAGAAACCAGCUGCUGCAAGCAUCGAUCUCUUUGCCGAUGACGACGAAUUUACCUCUUCGUUGGACAAUAUUCUCAAAAAGGAUAAAAAGGAAAAGGAAACGAUCGAUCACAUUGCCGAAGCUAAAAAGGUAGAGAAACAACAGAAAACACAAGAUAUUGAAGAUCUUUUCAAGGUAUCUGCAAAAAAGACUACUGUAGCUGCUGAACAACCAAAGGUUAUUGUUGAUAUUGCUUCACUUGAACAAAAGUUUGUCAAGAAACAAGAUACUCUUUUUGCCGACGACGAUAUCUUUGCAUCAUGGGAACAAGAAAUCUCUACAAAAGUUGAUACUCAACAAGCCAUUGAAAAGAAAGUUCAAAAGGAAAAAGAAGAACAAGAACGUAUUGAAAGAGAAAAGAUUCAAAAGGAAAAAGAUGAAAAAGAACGUUUAGAAAAUAUUAGAUUAGAAAAUGAACGUUUAGAGAAUGAAAGAAUUGAAAAUGAACGUUUGGAAAAGAUUAGAUUGGAAAAUGAACGUUUGGAGAAGGAAAGAUUAGAAAAGGAGCGUUUGGAAAAGGAGAGAUUAGAAAAGGAACGUUUAGAGAAUGAAAGAAUCGAAAAUGAAAGACUUGAAAAGGAACGUAUUGAAAAUGAGAGAUUGGAAAAGGUGCGUUUGGAAAAGGAGCAUAUCGAAAAUGAAAGACUCGAAAAGGAACGUUUGGACAAGGAAAGAAUUGAAAAGGAACGUUUGGAAAAGGAGCAUAUCGAAAACCAAAGACUCGAAACAGAACGUUUGGAAAAGGAGAGAAUUGAAAAUGAAAGACUCGAAAAGGAACGUUUGGAAAAGGAGAGAAUUGAAAAGGAACGUUUGGAAAAGGAGCGUAUCGAAAAUGAAAGACUCAACAAGGAACGUUUGGAAAAGGAGAGAAUCGAAAAUGAAAGACUCAACAAGGAGCGUUUAGAAAAGGAGAGAAUCGAAAAUGAACGUAUCGAAACCGAGCGCUUGGAAAAAGAAAAACUCGAAAAGGAACGUUUAGAAAAGGAGAGAAUUGAAAAUGAAAGACUCGAAAAGGAACGUUUGGAAAAGGAAAGACUCGAGAAGGAACGUUUAGAAAAGGAGCACUCUCAAAGAGUUGAAGUUGAACGUUUGGAAAAGGAAAAACUCCAAAAAGAAAACGAAAGACUUGAAAAGGAGCGUAUCGAGAAGGAACUUUUGGAAAAGGAACGUUUGGAAAAAGAAAAACUCGAAAAAGAAAAGCAAGAAAAAGAGAGACUCGAAAAGGAAAGAAUUGAAAAUAUUCGUAUCGAGAAUGAACGUUUGGAAAAGGAGAAACUCGAAAAGGAACGCUUGGAGAAAGAGAGACUCGAAAAGGAGAAGUUGGAAAAGGAGAGAAUCGAAAAGGAACGUAUCGAAAAAGAAAGAAUCGAAAAGGAACUUUUGGAAAAGCAAAGACUCGAAACUGAACGUUUGGACAAAGAGAGACUUGAAAAGGAGAAGUUGGAAAAGGAGAGAAUCGAAAAGGAACGUAUCGAGAAUGAACGUUUAGAAAAAGAAAGAAUCGAAAAGGAACGUUUGGAAAAGGAGAGACUUGAAAAGGAACGUAUCGAGAAUGAACGUUUAGAAAAAGAGAAAUUGGAGAAGGAGUGCUUGGAAAAGGAGAGACUCGAAAAGGAACGUAUCGAAACAGAACGUUUGGAAAAGGAGAGAAUCGAAAAAGAAAGACUCGAAAAGGAACGUUUAGAAAAGGAAAGACUCGAAACUGAACGUUUGGAAAAAGAGAAACUCGAAAAGGAGAAAUUGGAGAAGGAGCGUUUGGAAAAGGAACUUUUGGAAAAGCAAAGACUCGAAACUGAACGUUUGGAAAAAGAGAAACUCGAAAAGGAGAAAUUGGAAAAGGAGCGUUUGGUAAAAGAAAGAUUCGAAACACUCGAGAAGGAACGUUUAGAAAAAGAGAAACAAGAUCAAAUUGCCAAGGUCUCAACUCCAAAGACAAACGAAGAAGUUUCCUCCUCCCUCAUUGAUACUACUACAGAGGAUCAUAGUAAACUAGUUCAUUUGACAAUUGGUAGAACCAAAGCCAAGGGUAAAAAGAAACCAAGUAGAAGAGCUCUCAAAAAGGAUGGUAGUCGUGAAAAGGCCAACAUUCCCAAUUUGAAGGAACUCAAGCCACAAACUACCCCAUCCUCUGACACCAACCAAGCUGAUCAUGAUGGUGGUCCAGACGGAGCCGAUCCACCAAAAGAGGAAAAGCCAGCCCAACCCAAAUCAUAUGUACCAAAGGGUGCAGUUGCACUUCCAGGUAUGAUGAUGCCCAAGUUUGACCCAUCCGCCGUCAAGCUCAAAUCGGCUGCCAAGCCACCUCCAUCCUUUAAUUCCCCAGCACCCACCACUCCACCACCAGUCCACCACUUUAACCUCAAGCCAACUGCCAAGACAGGAGCAACCACUCCACCAGCCUCGCCACCAGCCGUCCUCAAGACUGCUGCCAGUGGUCUCAACCGUACGGCAAGCACCGGUAGUGUUGGCAGAUCAUCGCCUCAAAACGAUGGCACAAAAGCACUAGAUAUGUUGUUAACAUGGGUGAAACAGUCUACCACUGGAUACAAGGGAGUCGAAGUAACCAAUUUCACUACUUCGUGGACAAACGGACUCGCUUAUUGUGCUCUACUCCACAAAUUUGCACCAAAGGCUAUCGACUUUGGUGCUUGCUCUCCUGAUAAUAGAUUCGAAAACAUGAAAAAUUCUUUUGAACUUGCUGAAAAGCAUCUUGGUGUUCCAGCUAUAAUGGACGCUUCGGACCUUAUGGAUUUACCUUAUCCAGAACGUCUAUCAAACAUUACCUAUUUAUCUGAAUUUUUCAAGGCCAUAAAAAGAAAGGGUCUUUAA